UCCGCAGCAGCAGCGCCGACAGCUGAUGCUAACGUUAGCCCACGACGCUACGGAACUUAGCAAGCGGCUAGCGGAGUAGCGCACUUUAAACCAGACAUGAACGGGGCGUCCGCGGACUGUGGAGUGAAUGUGUAGUGGUAGGUAAUGUCAGCCAAGCUAUAUUAUGGGAUAUAAAACCGCCCUGGUAUCUUGUUGUCAGUCGGCGUUUGAGCGCAACGCCCCAAAACACCGCUCCUCACGUUAGCUCCCUUGGAUUAGAAGAGUGUUAGCCAGCUAGCCUGUUAGCGACGCGGCUCAUGUUGUGUUAGCUACCUUCUGCGUUUGGAAAGUCCUGUUUUGAGUCGCAACGUGUGUGCAGACCUGGACCGGUUACCACACGUAUUUAUGAUGUUCACAGCCUUUUUCAUUCCAUCUUCUGGCCGGCCCUGGUCUCUUUAACCAGCCAAUCAGUCACAGCCCCACCAGUCCUACGUCUCUGCUUGGCACCAGUAUGAUGAGUAACGCUGACCCCACCCGACCCGCUGGGAAGAGACCCCCAAAAACCAAGCGCUCCAAAUGAUAUGAUAGUAGCUGCCUGGAUCACUUUCUGUGCCUGCAGGAGCCUUGCGCGGGUUCUGCUCUUCCUUUCCUCCUCAAACCCCCCUCCUCCAUUCUGGGAGACCCUCACCGGUGUCGUCUCCGGCGCUGUAACCAUGGGUAACAGCUGCGUGUGCCGGGAGGACAGUGACUUGGAAGACCACCACCACCACGGGUCCUCAAGGUCAACCCGAGGCCAAGCCAGACGAGUGGACCACGGCACGGGUGUGGGCGUCGAUGCCGGAGAGGCUCGGAGCAGUCGGCCCCGGGACCCGGUCAGGCCGCCGCGCCGUGGCCGGGGGCCCCAUGAGCCAAGACGGAAGAAACAGAAUGUGGACGGCCUGGUGCUGGACACGCUCGCUGUCAUCAGGACGCUCGUAGACAAUGACCAAGAGCCCCCUUACUCCAUGAUCACCUUGCAUGAGAUGGCAGAGACAGAUGAUGGUUGGCUGGAGGUCGUCCAGUCUCUAAUUCGAGUGAUCCCAUUGGAUGAUCCCCUGGGCCCUGCGGUGAUCACCCUUCUGCUGGACGAGUGCCCCCUGCCCACCAAGGACGCCCUUCAGAAACUCUCAGAGAUGUUGAGUCUGAGCUCGGCCGUGGCCCGCCAGGACGCUCUCUGCCCCGCCAAGCACAGAAACACUACGGCCGUGCUGGGCUGCCUAGCAGAGAAACUGGCUGGACCGGCCAGCAUCGGACUGUUGAGCCCUGGAACCCUCGACUACCUUCUAGAGAGUCUGAGCUCGGAAGCCCACCCCACAGUCAUGCUGUUUGCUCUUAUUGCCUUGGAGAAAUUCUCCCAGACCAGUGAAAACAAGCUGACGGUGUCUGAGUCGUGUAUCAGCAAUCGGCUCGCUGUCCUGGAGUCGUGGGCAGAGCAGUCCGACUACCUGAAGAGGCAGGUCGGCUUCUGCUCCCAGUGGAGCCUCGACAAUCUCUUCCUGAAGGACGGCCGGCAGUUCACCUACGAGAAGGUCAACCUCACCAACAUCAACGCCAUGCUCAACAGCAACGACGUCAGCGAGUACCUCAAGAUCUCCCCCACUGGACUGGAGGCUCGCUGCGACGCCUCGUCCUUCGAGAGCGUGCGCUGUACGUUCUGCGUGGACUCGGGCGUUUGGUACUACGAGGUGACGGUCAUCACAUCCGGAGUGAUGCAGAUCGGAUGGGCCACCAAGGACAGCAAAUUCCUCAACCAUGAGGGCUAUGGGAUAGGAGACGACGAGUACUCAUGUGCAUACGAUGGCUGCAGGCAGCUCAUCUGGUACAAUGCUCGCAGUAAACCCCACUCUCACCCCUGCUGGAAGGAAGGAGAUGCUGUUGGAUUCCUUUUGGACCUCAGUAAGAAGCAGAUGAUUUUCUACCUGAACGGUCACCAGUUGCCACCAGAGAAACAGGUCUUCUCCUCGGCCACGUCGGGUUUCUUCGCGGCGGCCAGCUUCAUGUCAUACCAGCAGUGUGAGUUUAACUUCGGGGCGAAGCCUUUCCGCCACCCGCCCUCCGUCAAGUUCAGCACCUUCAACGACUUCGCCUCCCUGCUGCCCAAUGAGAAGAUCAUUCUGCCCAGACACCGGCGUCUGGCCCUGCUGAAGCAGGUUAGCAUCCGAGACAACUGCUGCACGCUGUGUUGUGACAUCAUGGCGGACACGGAGCUGCGACCCUGUGGACACGGUGGAAUUUGUAUGGAGUGUGCCUUACAGUUAGAGACGUGCCCCCUGUGCCGCCAGGACAUCCAGACCCGCGUCAGACUCAUCGCACACGUCUCCUGACACACUUCCUGCCUCCCCUCCAAUCGGGACACGGACACACACCCCACAGCCUCCUCCUCCUCCUCCAAUCCCCUCUCACCCAAAUAAUCGACCCGACCAGUAGGACUGUGAUGGCGGAGCCGCAACGCUGACCGUGACGAUGACCGGAGGCCCGACGGCCUGAGGAGGCAGAGUGGAGGGAUGGAGAGAGGAGAAAGACCGAGAGAAAAGGAGGGGGAAGGAGAGGAGAGGAGUAAAACCACAUUUCCUCGUUUGCUUCCAUCUUCUGUCUUUAGUAUCCUACUGAUGACUCGCUGCAGGAGCAGGGCCAGCCCCCUCCUGCCAGCGGGUUUUCUGUUUCCCUGACCAACACAACAGGAGAGGGGAGACGUGGAGCCGAUCCAACCAGAUUACAGCCACAACCAGCCGCACAUCUGCAUCUGCAUCUGCACAAGUCCCAGUGUGGAGGGCAAAACGACAUCCUGCAAAAGAAGAAGACAAACCCCCGCUGUGCUUUCAAACUUUGCCCAGACAAAACAACUACAAUUAAACUCCAUCUUCAUCACUCACACGUCUGCAGAUCUGAAAGGGUUUGGGUAGGAGGACGAGGAGGGUGCAGCCUGUAGCACAGCAUUAAACCUAAGGUACAGAUCAAUUAGAGAUAAACGGCAUCUUGCUUUGAUCAUUCUGGGUGUGGACAUGCAGUCGGUUUUGUUCUCAAGGUAGCAUUUAUCAUUCUCCUUGUUAAAUGUUAAGGAUUCUGGGUGUAGUUUCUCCACCAACACUCACUCUUUGGUCAGUUUCGCUGUCUGUACUGAUUGCUUGCCACUAUUUGAGCUGCGCAUCAGAGAAAAGAUACCCCUGCAGAAAAUUCCAGUGUUUCUCCCCUUAUAAAUGUCACUUUUAGUGCACCUGGAGGGAUCAGUAAGCUUCAAAACUUUGGAUUCUUAACUAGAACGAUGUAGUCUUACGGCUAUAUAUAUUUAUGUUGAGGUAUUUAACUGAACACAGCCUUAUUUGGUAGAGAAAAGCAAAUUCGCUUUCAACACAAUAGAGGAGGUUAAUACAACACAAGUGUUGCCUUAAAUGCAACUUAGAAUUUGAAGUUGAUGGAUCUGGUAUCGUAACCAGCUGAUUCCCAGCCCUGCUGAGCCCCGCUGCCCGUGCCCGUCUUGUUCGUCUGAUUCCAUCUAACCCUCAGUCUGCAUCAGAAACAUCAACAACAACAAAGACUCUGACAAGACAAGGUAAAUUUGUGAGGGUAGAACCAAAUUUCUGUGUAUAUUUAAGCACCUUUUCUGUCCCGGCUAAAUUACGCACAUUAAAGAGCCUCUGCGGAAAAGUAUAUCUGAUUUGAAUUUAUCAGCGUAAUCCUUUGAAUUAGAUGGUGCUAAACAUUUGCUAAACAUUUGCAAGCCUUCUAGCGUGGCUCCACCAUGUGACAGGUUUAUUGAAGGGGGAAUACUGAGCAUAACAUGAGGGAGAGCUGCACAAUAUGGACAAAUUUCUUACCUCAGUAUUUGUGCCAAAUAUCUCAAUCACAUUGCGACAUGACUAUGGGUUCACACUUGUUUGAAAUUUGUAUAAGAAGAUUAAGCAUUCUGCAAAAACAGUGUAAUAAAGUGUGUUUAAUCAGUGUCUCAGGCUAACACUAGCCCUAAAUUUGAUAUCGUCCAUAUCGUUGCUUUUUGAGAUAUUAAAAUCGCACAUGUUCAUAUCCAGGUACAGAAAUUUCCCAGUUCCUCGUAAAGGUAAAUGUGUUUUGCAAAUGUAUAUUAAACAAAAAAUGAACGCUGAAUUGGCACAGUAAAAAAUGAAAGAACCGAGCUGUGACAUGAGCGAGUCUGGGCUUCAGUUUGGAUUGAAUCCCGUGUUUGUUUGUUUUUCCACACGCUACAUUUGUCACCAUUGGGAUUGUGUUUGUGUUGAGCAGAAUUGGGACAAAUGGAGUUCACCAGACGGGCAGUGCAAUGUCCAAGUCUCUGCUAAGUGACAGUGCUUUCCCUCUUCACGCAUCAUGUAACUACAAAGCACAUCUGUCUUACUCUUCUCUCGCUCUGUUUCCAUAUUUCUCCCUCCCUCUCCGGUCUGUUCUCCCUCUAUCUUUCUCUCCGUCCUUUACUUGAAGCAUCUCUCGGGGGGGCGAUUAACGGUUAUAUUUUGCAAACAGGUGGUGAAGUAAACACAAAAAAAAACAAUUUAAAGAAAAACGUGUGUACAUUUUAAAAGCUUGAAUGACAACAUUUCAGAUGUACGAGGCUGAAUAAUUUGAAUUUUGAAUAUUCUUUGACCAAAUGGUUCAUUAAAAGGAAUCGGAACAGCUCUUAUUCCACCAAAUUGCAUGAACUGGAUCUGUAAAAAUCAUUCAGAAUAUACCAGAAUGAUUUCUGAAGAUAACGUGCAUCUCUCAGUAUGAAACAGGACUCGUCUGCUCACUGUUUGCUACCUUGUACUUCCCAGAGCACCUUGUACAUCCAGGUGAGAGAAAUCCUAAAGCUGUCUCUACGGCUGGAGAAAAGAUCAGGACUGUAAAGAAAAAAAAGUUGUAAGUUGUAUUUAAAACAUCUAUAAAGGAAUUUUGUCCCAGGGUUCCCAAAGAUGUGAUUUACUGAAGAAUUGUUGUUUCCUGGAUUGUGAUAUUUGUAAUAAAUGUAUGUUCAUGUGA